ACUAGUCAAACAAUGGAACACGAUUGGUUGCAUUUUUCUUACCUCUCUUCCAUUAACAAAGCCUUGAAGCAGAAAAAGAGAUAAUGGACGGUGAGGAGGAGAGAGGAUACUGGAGAUGGAGCAAGAGAGAUUUCUUCCCCGAGGAAUCUUUCCAGAGCUUCGGUAGCUACAGAGCCGCUCUGUCUCAGACGUGUUCGCGGUUCAAGAACAGGUUGGUCAGUAGGUCUGACGACGAGAACGAGCGUGUCGAGCUCAGGAAACAGAGCGAGCACGAGAUGAAACGUUGUCUCACGUGGUGGGACCUGGUCUGGUUCGGGUUCGGGUCAGUGAUCGGAGCUGGAAUCUUUGUCUUGACAGGUCAAGAGGCUCGCCAAGAAGCAGGACCAGCUAUAGUACUCUCUUACGUCGUUUCAGGCUUUUCCGCUAUGCUCUCUGUCUUCUGCUACACCGAGUUCUCCGUGGAAGUCCCCGUGGCAGGCGGCUCGUUCGCCUAUCUACGCAUCGAGCUAGGCGAUUUCGCCGCCUUCAUCACUGCUGGAAACAUUCUUCUCGAGAGUGUAGUUGGAACCGCGGCCGUUGGUAGAGCCUGGACUUCGUAUUUCGCCACUCUUCUGAACCGGAAACCGAACGAUCUUCGGGCGAAAACCGACGUCCUCAGCCCCGGUUUUAAUCUACUAGACCCGAUAGCCGUGGUAGUUAUAGCAGCUUCAGCUACGAUCGCGUCGAUAAGCACUAGAAAGACUUCACUACUCAACUGGAUAGCUUCAGCUGUCAACACUAUUGUGAUACUUUUUGUGAUAAUAGCCGGUUUUAUCCACGCCGACGCCACGAAUCUGACUCCGUUCUUGCCUUACGGACCCGAGGGAGUGUUCCGCGCCGCCGCGGUCGUGUACUUUGCAUACACAGGGUUUGAUAGCAUAGUAACAGUGGCUGAAGAGACCAAGAACCCAUCGAAAGACAUACCGAUCGGUUUACUCGGUUCGAUGUCGAUAAUCACGGUUAUAUACUGUUUAAUGGCAUUAGCCUUGAGCAUGAUGCAGAGGUACACUGACAUAGAUCCGAACGCAGCUUACUCGGUAGCGUUUCAGAGCGUUGGGAUGAAGUGGGGAAAGUGCUUGGUGGCUCUCGGUGCUCUCAAAGGGAUGACCACGGUUCUACUAGUGGGAGCGCUAGGACAAGCGAGAUACGUUACUCACAUCGCGAGGACACACAUGAUCCCGCCUCUGUUUGCUUUAGUCCAUCCCAAAACCGGAACACCGAUAAACGCUAACCUCCUUGUAACUAUCCCAAGCGCUCUCAUUGCUCUGUUUUCAGGUUUAGAUGUUUUGGCGAGCCUCUUAUCGAUAAGCACUCUCUUCAUCUUCACGAUGAUACCUCUCGCGCUGCUCGUGAGGAGAUACUACGUGAGAGAAGUGACUCCAAGAGCUGAUCUUCUUAAGCUUAUCAUUUGCAUCUUGAUCGUUGUUACUUCUUCAAUGUGUACUUCUGCUUAUUGGGGAAUGAAUCUGAAGGGGUCAUGGAUAGGUUACACAAUAACAGUUCCUUUCUGGUUCUUGGGAACUUUGGGGAUCGUGUUUUUUGUUCCUCAGCAGAGAAGUCCUAAAGUGUGGGGCGUACCGUUGGUCCCGUGGAUCCCAUGCUUAUCAAUAGCGACGAAUAUAUUUCUCAUGGGGUCUUUGGAAGCUCAGGCUUUUGUUAGGUUUGGGGUUUGCACUUUAGUUAUGUUGCUGUACUAUUUUUUGUUUGGUCUUCAUGCAACUUUCGAUAUGGCUCAUCAGCAAAUCGUGCCAAGGUCGUAGUAAGCUAUAAAAUCACUCUUUUAAUUAAAUAUUAUUCUGCUUUAGACCA